CCAGCGCGGCCGCCGCUGCUGAGGGGGCUCGGCUGGGGCGGCCCCGCUCCGCGUCUAGGGGUCCCGCGGCCUCGCCAUGGGGCCCGGCCCGUCUCCGCCACCGGGCCCCGCGCCACGACCAUCCCGCGCGGCCUUGGCCGUGCUGCUCUGUGCCGCCCUGUUCCUGUUGCUGCCCGUGAGCGGCGCCGGCGAGCGGCGGCGCUUGGCGUGCUCCACCUGCCGGGGCAUCGUGGACAGGUUCAACCAGGGUUUAGCAGAUACAGCUAAAAAAAACUUUGGUGGUGGAAACACUGCUUGGGAAGAGAAGACGCUGUCAAAGUAUGAGUCCAGUGAAAUUCGUCUUGUGGAGAUCACAGAGAAUCUGUGUGACAGUAGUAACUUUGAAUGUAACAACAUGGUAGAAGAACAUGAAGAACUGAUAGAGAAAUGGUGGUUCAAAUUAAAGAAGAAGUAUCCAGAUUUGUUUAAGUGGUUUUGCAUUGAAACAAUAGAAGUUUGCUGCCCUGCUGGAACUUACGGACCCGAUUGCCUUGCUUGUCGUGGUGGAUCAGAAAGACCUUGCCAUGGAAAUGGCCACUGUGAUGGUGAUGGUACCCGAGGUGGAGAUGGCUCAUGUAGCUGUAAGAAGGAGUACACAGGACAAUUUUGUUUGGACUGUUCUAGUGGUUACUUCAGUUCCUUGAGAAACGAGACACAUUCUGUUUGUACAGCUUGCCAUGCCGCCUGUAAGACUUGUACUGGUUCAAGUAACAAGGACUGCCAAGAUUGUAAAGAAGGCUGGAUUAAAAAUGAAGAUGGAGCUUGUGUGGAUUUAGAUGAAUGUGCUGCUUCUCCUUGCAAAGAUCACCAGUAUUGUUUGAACACAGAUGGAUCUUUCUCAUGCAAAGCAUGUGAUGCCAGCUGUGUAGGUUGCACAGGAGAAGGUUCUCAACAAUGUAAGACCUGCGCAUCUGGAUACGUGAAGGAAGAUGAGAAGUGUACAGAUAUAGAUGAAUGUAACCUUCCUGAAAAGGUCUGUGCAGAAGAGAAUCAUGACUGUGUUAAUACGUCAGGUAGUUACAAGUGUGUGUGUUCAGAAGGGUUUGAAGAUAAGGAUGGAACAUGUGUUCAAACUGUAAAACCAGGAGAGGAAGUAGAGAGUGAAACAACUGAGCCUUCACAUACUGAACAUGUUGACUUAUGAUCUGCGUUCAGAACCAAAAGACAUUCCUAUCUAAAGUUUUAAAUUAUUGGACUAAGCCUCUGCUAGCUGACAUACUGUGGAAGUGGUGUGAAAUAUGCAGGUUGCCAUUAAGACUUUUUUUUUAAAUUGUGACAACCUGCUCUUUAAGCUGCAUUUCUUUAUUCUUAAAUCCCACUUUUUAUAUAAUUCUUCAAAAACAACACUCUAGAGGGGUUAGUAUAAAAUUUGACUGAACAUAACACUGUACCCAGCAACUGUAAACAACUUGCAGGCUUCUCAUUCUAGUGCCUACUGAAAAGUGUUAUCUUCUGGAAGAAUGUAGUUGCACUUCAUAAUUUAAGGAAAAUUUAGACUGAAGUUUGUUGUUUCUAAUCAUGAGAAAUAUUUCUGUAAUUGAAAUACAGCUUUUGGAAAUUGUCAAAGGGAAUCUCUUUGGGGGGGAGGGAAGCAGCGUUCCCUUAAACAAAAUAGAAUGCCUAAUAUUGCAUUCAAUAAAAAUGUAUUUUGUUGGAAUGUGCCUUAAAAUUUUUAAGAUGUUAGUACCUUGAUGUGUUGUCAUGCCUAUUUUUCUUUUAAGUCAGUGAAAACCACAAAACCACAAAAGCAACCCAAACAACCCCCAAAAAAACCAAAACCCCAGAACCUUGUAAACCAUAUUUCAGUUCAGCACCGAAUUCAAACACUCAGUUGUGUUGGAAUAUACCUGAAAUAAAAACCCCAACCCAACAACAUCCUCUCACACACACUUUCCUCUAAAGGAAGAAUUAUGUCAACUUAACUUUUCAAAGGCAGGUAAACAGGUCUUUCUGCCAGAUACUUGCAUCAUCUAUGUAAACUAGUUUAGAAGGUGAUGAAAAUUAGGUUUGGCUAACACAUGCCUGCACUGGCUCAUAGUUAUUAUAUGAGUGCUGUCUGGGAUUGAUGAAUACAGGACUUUGACUACAACCUACUGCUGUGUGGAAUAGCUUCCUGUCUACUGCAGAGCAAGCAUACUACAGUCAAUUUUUCAUCUUGUCUCUUGUGCCAUUUCAGAGGGAAAGCUUAUAAGCAUAGCAUAGAUACAACUUCCUAUGCGUUGUCUCUAAGCCUAAAGGCAAGUAUUAGAGCUAAAAUGGAUAUAUCCUGUAGGACUAUUUUUAUUUACAGCAGUAAAUAAAAUAAGGACCAUCCACGUACAGUCUCUGGAUGGAAGUGAGUAAAGUUGAGGAUACAUUGUGAUGGUGGAUACAAGGAGUUGUACAAUACAGCUAAGAAGAGCACUGUUUAGGCUUGACUAUGAAGAAGUUACAAACUCUGAGGUAAGGGGACAUAAAAAGGCUACGAAUAGGAUUGACCUAUUCUGUUGAGCAGUAAAGAUCAGACAUCUUCUAUAUACUUCUGAAGACUUUUGUUCAAGCUAAGUCUCAGUUCAGUUAGUGAACAGUGCAUGAAGGAUUUGUAUGUGUGAUAGAUACCUAGGUGAAUAUUGUACAAAAUUCUUAGGUUAAAAGCUGUCUAAGCUGAUCUUGUGCAUGGUAGUUUAAAUACCUAGUGGUGUUAAGGUAUCUGUAACAGUCUUCUUUAACUGUUAUGUUUAGAUGUUCCUUAACUUCCCAGUCAGUGCUUUCUCAGCUGUAAUUGUCUAAGAUGGGCCUAUUUGCCACAAAAGCUUGCAAGUUGAAGGGUAGACAUUGUAUUUAAUGAGUACUAAAUCAAAGGGAGGAAAAAGUAGGCAGUUUGGGAAGCACAUGGAAUGCAACUCAAGGAUCUUUAGGGUUUUUAGUGCAGGUGUAGCCAGUUACAGUAGUAUUAGCCCCUAAGGUUCCUGCAGUAGUGUAGCUUGUCUAUGUUACUACUCACUCACUCACUCACAUUUAACCCCUUGGUGUUGCAGGUUGUGGUAUGAAUGGUCGUUAAUCAUAACAGGAAAUGUUGGUUUAGAAACUACCAUCAGUUCACACUCAAGGGAAUUGUCUGUCCAAUACAAACUCUUCUAUUAGUGUUCCAAGCCUGAAAUAGUGCUUCCCUAUGAAAAAGAACUUGCUACUCUUAAGUACCUUUCAACUUACUUGGGGCUCUGGCGGAUACCUGAUGAGGUUCUUAACUACAUUGUGGAAGCAUUGGCUUCCCACCAGCCAAGGCUUUGGACA